AUGAAGGAACACAACGGAUGGAGGGAAAUGAACAAUACAGAGGCUAAAGAGAAUCUAAUGCAACCAUUUUAUUUGGACGCAACAGGUCAUCCAUCAUUUAAGGCAAUGGUUGUCAGGAAGGGGGAGUGUACAUUGCUAAGGAGAUCAUCGAGGCAUCUUGCACCAGGUGUCGAGGACAGAGCAGCAUUAUCCCCGAAGUUUACUUUUAAUCCAAAGGAAGGAAUUGAUAAUCCCGCUUUGGUCAUAUGUGACGACCUCGAACUGCCAAUCUCCCUCAAGCCCAGAAUCUGUGUCUUGACUAAGAAGGAUAAUGAGAUGUUUGGCUUCCACUUGCGAGCAGAGAAGGGAAGGCCAGGACAUAUCAUCAGACACGUGGAGCCAGGGAAUUGUGCUCAGUAUGCUGGGCUCUCGGACGCUGACAGGGUAUUGGAGGUAAAUGGAGAGUACGUGGAUAACAUUGAACAUUUCAAGCUGAUCAACACAGAGAUGGCAAAUACCUCAUUUCCUGGAAGGAUUUUAAUGAUAACUGAAUCUGCCUUGUCAUGUUACCUGUUCCUGAGACAUGAGCUUGGGUUUGAACCAUUCUUAAGUCAUGUUGUCCAUGAAGAGUCUUCCAUACAGAUUGCCUUGCCUGACUCCAGGUCAGAAUUCACAGAGGAUCAUACUGCUAAAGAGCUGGUACCUUCCAGGAUUGAAAGUCAAUUGCGACCCAUUCUUCAGUCCCAAUUGAAAGUCAACUUCCCUCCAGAGUUGGAGGUCAGCACAGAAGCUGUGCCAGAAUCUUUAGUACUUCUGAAGCUGGAGAAUUCUGUUGUAGAGAAAAUAAGGCUGAGUGGGAGCAAGAUCACAUUUCUGGUUGUCAAUGGGGCUGCCUAUGAAGAUGCAAAAAUGAAGAAUUUAAAUAUUGCAGAGCUCAUACAGUCUGAUAACCAGACCCUAUGUGGUAAACCUCGACUGUGUUAUGUGGAAAAAGGCCCAAACGGAUUUGGCUUUGAAUUGUUUUCUUCUGAAGGUGCUAUGGCUCCGUUUACAUUGAGCAUCCAAUCUGAGGGACCUGCGGAAAAAAGCGGAGUGCAGUCAGAUGACAGACUCAUUGAAAUUAAUGGAGUCAAUGUGGAGGAUUGUACCUAUCUACAAGUCAAAAAAGAGAUUAAAGAAACUGGAGACUCAGUAACUUUACUGGUGACUGAUCAGAAGACAGAUGCUUACUAUAGAGACAAAGGAAUCAGGAUCGUUCCAGCCAUGGCUUGCUUCAAGCACGUGCCCUUCAAGCCAAGAAAACUUUACUUGGUGAAAGGCAGUUGUGGCUACGGAUUCCUGUUGAAAACCGAGAAAACUAUUUCAGGGACAUAUGGUCAGUAUUUGCGGGAAGUGGAUGCCGGAAGUCCGGCGGAGAAAUGUGGGAUGAAGGAAGGAGACCGUCUGCUGGCUGUAAACAGGGACAACAUUGAGGGACUGCAGCAUGACAUUGUGGUGAGGAAGAUCAGGGAGAGUGGGAAUCAAACCACCUUCACCGUCAUCAGCUCUGAAGGAGAAAAAUAUUUCACAUCUUUGGGUUUGUCCCCUUUAAUUUGUAUGGAUGAUGAUGAUGUUGAAGAACAAAUGGAAUUGAAGGAGACAGCUGAGAGACGCCUAUCACCUCUGCAAGCUCACCCCCCUCUGUGCUGCCCUACAGCCCAACAAGCAACUGGACCCAAACCCAGGCUUUGCCAUUUGGUAAAGAGCUCCUCAGGGUACGGAUUUCAAAUUUACAGCAUCACGGAUGAGCCAGGAGUCUACAUCCAAGAGGUUGUGCCUGAAGAUGUUGGAUACAAAGCAGGAAUCAGGGAUGGUGACAUGGUAAUUGAGGUAAAUGGAAUAAACAUAGAGAAGGUCAGCUACGAGGAUGUUCUGUUGAAGAUAAAAGAAAAAAUAUCUGAGGUGACUCUUCUCGUCAUGAAUAAAAAUGAAUAUUGGCACUGUAAAGAUAACGACAUCCCAAUUAGCAGGGAAUCAGCCGGCGAAGACAAUAAAACCUCCAAAACUGGGAGCACAGAAAAAGGGAUUGUCUCCAACACUGACAGCAGUAAAAAGACAAAUAAAACCACUGCAAAAGACAGCAAUGCUCAUCUUGUUAAUAAGGUAACUUCAACAGGACCACUUCCAUCGGAAAACCUGUUUUAGUGAAUAAUUAUUGAUCAGAAUCCUGGGGAGAACGCCACUGCUCUCCUUCA